AUGAAUGUUCAUGAAGGAACUAAAGUAAUACUAUUGCCCAAAGAAAAAGGGGUGUAUUCGAUUGUUAAAUUACCGAAUGCUUCGGAUCAAAAGUCAUUUAAAUCAUACUUGUUACGCGAUGAUCAAUUAUUCGAAUUAAGGGAAAUUAAAGGAGACAACAGCUACCUUCCCAAUGACAGUAAGAGGCCCGUCAUCCCUAACACAGGACUGUCUGUAAAGUCUUUUAUAUUUGAGUCAGAGGAAAAUGGAUGCGUUGUUCAAUCGCCAAAUUUAAUAGUAUCAACAAAAUUCAAUUUGGUGUAUUAUUUGAUAUCAAUUAUGUAUAAUAACGAAUCAUUUGCCAAAAGAUUUAUUACUUUUGAAGAUUUUAGUGAUACUAUCUCCAGUUUAUUUGAAAAUAAUUCUUGGGUUGGAGCUAUACCUGUGAAAAUGUACAAAUCAGCCUUAUCUGACAUCUGCGAUACAAUUGAAGAAAAUGAUGAAAUAUUCUACAAAUAUUCUACUAAAAAGGUUAUUGAGUAUCUAAAUAGAAAGGUUUCGCAAUUGCUGGCGUACCUUAGUACCCAAUCGGAUUUCUCCAUAAUACUGAAAAUCAAGCAGGAGUUAUAUAAGCCAAUAAGUGAGGGAAGCAAUGACAUACCAUCGGAAAUUUUACAAUUGUCAAUUAUAAGGCAUUCAAUUGACUUGAUAUGUGGAUCAUAUACACCAAUUGAAAUACGAAAUCAAUUAAUAAAUAAUGGAGGGUAUGAAUUCGACAAAUUGAACGCAUACUUGAAAGACAUACAGAUCCAAAGGAAAGAGCUUGAAUUAGUAGAAUCAAAUAUGAAUGCGGUAGUUGAAACCACAACAAAAGUUGAAACAAAAAAGAAAGACUCUAAGAAAAAGGUUGUAAGAAAGAAGGAGGUAAAGAAAGUUGCAGUAGGUAAAGGUGCAUUAGAUGGAUUUUUUAAAAAAGCAUAA